CGCCCGGCCUCAGGAUCGGGGCUUCAGGGUGCUGCAAGCGCCGGCUCGGGAUGGCACGGGGCAAGGGCGGCAGCAGCAGCAGCCGCCGCGGAGGAAGAGGAGCGUCGAGCCGCCGCCGCAGGAGCCCAUGAAGGUGUACGGACAGGUUAGCUUGAACGAUUCACACAACCAGAUGGUAGUUCACUGGGCUGGAGAGAAGAGUAACGUGAUUGUCGCUCUGGCCAGAGACAGCUUAGCCUUGAUGGGACCCAAGCUGAGUGAUGUUUACGUGUCCUACGAUUACGGGAAAACGUUUAAGAAGAUAUCGGACAGAUUCAAUUUUGGCCCAGGGAACAACAGUCAGGUGGUGAUUACUCAAUUCUACCACAGCCCAGCAGAUAACAAAAGGUAUAUCUUCAUCAACGCUUCCACUCAGUACCUCUGGCUUACCACGGACUUCUGCAACACCAUUCAGGGCUUCUCGGUCCCCUUCAGAGCUGCGGAUCUGUUGCUUCACAGCCGGAUUCCAAACCUGGUCUUGGGCUUCGAUAGGUCUCAUCCCAACAAACAGCUCUGGAAAUCAGAUGAUUUUGGACAGACUUGGAUAAUGAUCCAUGAACAUGUGAAAUCAUUUUCUUGGGGCGUGGAACCGUACGACCAGCCAGACACCAUUUACAUAGAGCGGCACGAACCGACAGGCUCUUCCACCAUCCUUCGCAGCACUGAUUUUUUCCAGACCCGGGAAAACAAAGAGAUCAUUCUGGAGGAGGUCGAAGACUUCCAGCUCAGGGACAAAUAUCUUUUUGCUACAAAGUCUGUGCAUCUUCUGGGCACUCAACCACAGCCUUCCGUUCAGCUCUGGGUGUCUUUUAACCGCAAGCCGAUGCAAGCUGCCCAGUUUGUGACAAGGCAUCCCAUCAAGGAGUACUACAUCGCUGACGCCUCGGAAGACCAGGUGUUUGUGUGUGUCAGUCACAGCAACAACCGCACCAACCUCUACAUCUCCGAAGCGGACGGCUUGAGGUUUUCGCUGACUUUGGAGGACAUCCUUUACUACAGCCCUGGGGGAGUGGGAAGCGACACUCUGGUCAGGUAUUUUGCGAACGAGCCCUUUGCGGACUUCCACCGGGUGGAGGCAGUGCCGGGGAUCUAUAUCGCCACCUUGAUCAACGGCUCAUUCAGCGAGGAGAACAUGCGGUCUGUCAUCACGUUUGACAAAGGAGGGACUUGGGAAUUUCUCCAGCCUCCGGAGUACACUCGCUACGGUGAAAAGAUAAAUUGUGAGCUUUCCCAAGGCUGCUCUCUUCAUCUGGCCCAGCGCCUGAGCCAGAUCCUCAACUUCCAACUGCGUAGGAUGCCCAUCCUCUCUAAAGAAUCCGCUCCAGGACUUAUCAUUGCCACAGGUUCUGUUGGCAAGAAGAUGGCAAACAAAAUGAAUGUGUACAUUUCGAGCAGCGCCGGUGUCCGAUGGCGGGAGGUCCUGACCGGACCCCAUUAUUACACUUGGGGAGAUCACGGCGGGAUCCUCAUGGCGGUAACGCAGGGCUCAGAGACAGAUCAGCUGAAAUACAGCACAAACGAAGGGGAGACCUGGAAGACGUUUACCUUCUCGGAGAAGCCGGUCUUUGUUUACGGCCUGCUGACGGAGCCCGGGGAGAAAAGCACCAUUUUCACCAUCUUCGGCUCUUACAAAGAGAACGGACACAGCUGGAUCAUCCUGCAGAUCAACACCACUGAAGUGCUGGGUGUCCCGUGCACUGAAAACGAUUACAAAUCGUGGUCCCCCUCGGACGAGCGAGGCAACGAGUGUCUCCUGGGACGUAAGACAGUCUUCAAAAGGCGAACCUCCCACGCCACGUGCUUUAACGGGGAAGAUUUUGACAGGCCGGUUGUGGUCUCCAACUGCUCUUGCACCAGAGAGGACUUUGAGUGUGAUUUUGGUUUCAAGCUGAGUGAUGAUUUGUCAUCGGAAGUUUGUGUGCCGGAUCCUGAAUUCGCUGGCAAGCUGUCAUCUCCCCCUGCGCCGUGUCCCGUUGGCUCAUCUUACAGGAAGACAAGAGGUUAUCGCAAGAUAUCUGGAGACGUCUGCUCAGGGGGAGAUGUGGAGGCCCGUCUGGAAGGGGAACUGGUGCCUUGUCCUUUAGCAGAGGAGAACGAAUUCAUUCUCUACGCCACCCGGUAUUCCAUCCACCGUUACGACCUGUCUUCCGGGAUCAGUGAAAAGAUGCCUCUCAACGGACUGCGAGGGGCGGUGGCCCUGGAUUUCGAUUACGACCACAAUUGUCUGUACUGGGCGGAUGUCACGCUUGAUAUCAUCCAGCGCCUGUGUCUCAAUGGGAGUUCUGGACAGGAAAUUAUCAUCAGCACGGGUCUGGAGACAGUCGAAGCCUUGGCCUUUGAACCCAUCAGUCAGCUGCUGUACUGGGUGAAUGCUGGUAUCCCGAAGAUUGAGGUUGCCAACCCUGACGGAGACUUAAGACUGACAAUUUUGAAUUCCUCUGUGCUGGAGCGGCCCCGAGCCUUGACUUUGCUGCCUAAAGAAGGGUUGAUGUUUUGGACCGACUGGGGGGAUUCCAGGCCCGGUAUUUAUCGAAGCGAGAUGGAUGGCUCUUCGGCCACCUGCAUCGUUUUCGAGGGGGUGAGGUGGCCUAACGGCAUCUCUGUGGACGACCGCUGGAUCUACUGGACCGAAGCUUACAUGGACAGGAUUGAGCGAAUCGAUUUCAACGGCAUGCAGAGAUCGGUGAUCUUGGAUAGCCUCCCUCAUCCCUACGCCAUUGCCGUUUUCAAGAAUGAGAUCUACUGGAACGAUUGGUCUCAGCUGAGCAUAUUCAGAGCCUCCAAAUACAGCGGAUCCAGAAUGGAGAUUUUGGUUGGCCACCUCACCGGGGUGAUGGACAUGAAAAUCUUCUACCGAGGAAAGACGGCAGGGCAGAACGCUUGUAGUGCCAGGCCCUGCAGCCUGUUGUGCCUCCCGAAAUCCAACAACAGCCGAAGUUGCAAAUGCCCUGAGGGAGUUUCUGGGCAUUUGCUCUCCUCAGGGGAGAUGAAGUGCGAUUGCCCACCUGGGUAUCUUUUGAAAAACAACACCUGCGUAAAGGAAGAAAACACCUGUCUCUCCAACCAGUAUAGAUGCUCGAAUGGGAAUUGCAUCAACAGCAUUUGGCAGUGCGACAACGACAACGACUGCGGGGAUAUGAGUGACGAGAAGAACUGCCCAACAACGAUAUGUGAUGUCGACACUCAGUUCCGCUGCCAUGGCUCGGGGACUUGUGUCCCGUUGUCCUAUAAGUGCGACCUGGAGGAUGAUUGCGGUGACAACAGUGAUGAAAAUCACUGCGAAGCCCACCAGUGUCGGAACGAUGAGUUCAGCUGCAGCUCAGGGAUGUGUAUCCGCCUUUCUUGGAAGUGUGACGGCGACAACGAUUGCCGGGACUGGUCUGACGAAGCCAAUUGCACCACAGUGUACCACACCUGCGAAGCCUCCAGUUUCCAGUGCCACAAUGGACACUGCAUCCCCCAGAGGUGGGUUUGCGAUGGCGACGCCGACUGCCAAGAUGGAUCUGACGAGGACCCGACCAUCUGUGAGAAAAAAUGCAACGGCUUCCAGUGUCCGAAUGGAAGUUGCAUUCCUUCCAGCAAGCGCUGCAACGGGGUGCGGGACUGCGCAGACGGCUCGGACGAACAGCAUUGUGAGCCCCUCUGCACCCAUUACAUGGAUUUUGUGUGUAAGAACCGGAAGCAGUGCUUGCUGCGUUCCAUGGUGUGCGACGGCACCAGACACUGCCAGGAUGGCUCAGAUGAGGACCCUGCAUACGCUGGGUGUGCCCAAGAGCCAGAGUUUCACCAGACCUGUGACCACUUCAGCUUCCAGUGCCAGAACGGCAUGUGCGUCAGCCUGGUGUGGAAAUGUGAUGGCAUGGAUGACUGCGGGGACUACUCGGACGAGGCCAACUGUGAAAACCCAACCGAAGCCCCCAACUGCUCUCGGUACUAUCAGUUCCAGUGUGAGAAUGGGCACUGCAUCCCAAACAGGUGGAGGUGUGACGAAGAAAACGACUGCGGGGACUGGUCUGAUGAGAAGGAGUGCGGGGGUUCUGAAAUCGUUCCCGUCACUACAUCAGCGCCUGCCACAUGUUCACCUAACCACUUUCGGUGCAACAGCGGGGCGUGCAUCAUGAACAGCUGGGCUUGCGACGGGUACCGGGACUGCGCCGACGGCUCUGAUGAGGAAGCCUGCCCCACUGCUUCAAUCGGUGCGUCUUCUACGUCGGCCAGCUCCGUCGGCCACUGCAGUCGAUUUGAAUUCGAGUGCCGGCAGAUGAAGAGGUGCGUCCCCAACUGGAAGCGCUGCGACGGCUUGAAGGAUUGCCAGGACGGCACAGAUGAGCAGAAUUGCCCUACGCACAGUACCUUGACGUGCCCUAGCGGGUUUAAAUGCGAAAACGGGGAGACUUGCUUCAAGAUGACAGAGCGGUGUGAUGGUUUCCUGGAUUGCUCAGACAGCAGCGAUGAGAGAAACUGUACCGAUGACACCUUGGUCUAUAAAGUGCAGAACCUCCAGUGGACAGCUGACUUCUCAGGGGACAUCACUCUAACCUGGACUCGGCCUAAAAAGAUGCCGGUUGGCUCCUGUGUCUACAACAUCCAUUACAGAAUGGUUGGGGAAAGCGUGUGGAAAUCUUUGGAGACCCAUAGCAACAAAACCAGCAGCGUCUUGAAAGUCCUGAAACCGGACUGCACGUAUCAAGUCAAAGUUCAGGUCCAGUGUCUGACUAAGGGGUACAACACGAAUGACAUCAUCACCCUGCGGACCCCAGAAGGAUUGCCAGACCCUCCCCAGCAUCUUCAGCUGUCGUCGAAGAGAGAAGCGGAAGAUGUCGUGAUUUGCCAGUGGGCACCGCCAGCAAACACCCACGGCCUGAUCAGAGAAUACGUUGUGGAGUACAGCAGAGCCGGUUCCAAGGAGUGGUCGUCCGUGAGAGCCCCCACCAACUAUUCGGAAAUCGAGAGGUUAGAGGUCAACAUGUUGUACACUUUCAGAGUUGCUGCAGUAACUAGCCGGGGAGUGGGGAACUGGAGCGAUUCCAAAUCUAUACAAACCGUAAGAGGCAAAGUGAUUCCACCGCCUACGGUCCAUAUUGAGAGUUACAGCGAAGAUUCCAUAAUUUUCACCCUAAAAAUGGAAGCGGAUAUUCAGGUGUAUGGUUACGUUGUGAACAUUUUCUGGACCUUUGACACACACAGACAAGAAAAAAGAAUGUUGUUCGUAGACGAAGGAAAGUCUGUACAAAUAGUGAGUAAUUUGACCGCUCAGACACCGUACGAGAUUUCAGCUUGGGCCAAGACCGAACUGGGCGACAGCCCUCUGUCUUUUGCACAUGUGGUGACCAGUGGUACAAGACCACCCGCUCCCAGUCUGAAAGCCAAGCCUGUCAAUCAGACUGCGGUCGAGUGUAACUGGACUGGCCCAAAGAAUGUUGUGUACGGUGUCUUCUAUGCCACAUCUUUCCUAGAGUUGUACAGGAACCCCAGCAGUGCUAACACCACGCUACACAACAUCACUGUCAUUGUGAACAGAGAUGAGCAAUACUUGUUUUUGGUACGGGUGGUGUCUCCAUACCAAGGACCGCCUUCCGAUUACAUCGUCGUGAAGAUGAUUCCAGACAAUCGCCUCCCUCCCCGGCACCUCCACACUGUGCACACAGGGAAAACGUUUGCUGUCAUCAAGUGGGAGUCACCGUAUGAUUCUCCUGACCAAGAUUUGCUCUAUGCUGUUUCAGUGAAAGACUUAAUAAGAAAAACUGAUCGGAACUACAAGGUGAAAACGCGCAACAGCACUGUGGAGUAUACCAUCAAGAAGCUGGAACCGGGGGGGAAAUACCACAUCAUCGUCCAGCUUGUAAACAUGAGCAAAGAAGCUAGCUUGAAAGUUAGCACAGUUUCCCUGGCUGCUCCAGAAGCCUUAAAGAUUAUACCAGAAAACGAUCACAUUUUGCUAUUUUGGAAGAGUUUAGCCUUGAAAGAAAGUCAUUUCAGCGAAAGUCGGGGGUAUGAAAUACACAUGUUUGAUCGAAUGAUGAAUGUCACCGCCUAUCUAGGGAACACGACGGAGACGGUCUUCAAAGUUUCCAACCUGAAAAUAGGACACAAUUACUCCUUCACUGUCCAAGCCAGAUGCCUCUACGGUGGGCAGAUGUGUGGGGAGCCUGCCACGCUGCUUUACGAUGAACUAGGAAUGGAAGAAGACGCUGCUGCUUCUGGAACGGGCAAGUCCACGGAUGUUGCUGCCAUAGUGGUUCCCAUCUUAUUCAUCCUGCUAGUGACUGUGGGUGCAGGGUUCGUCGUUUUGUACAUGAGGCACAGACGGUUGCAGAACAGCUUCACGGCCUUCGCCAACAGCCAUUACAACUCCCGGCUGGGGUCAGCCAUAUUCUCCUCAGGCGACGAUUUAGGAGACGAGGAUGACGAAGCUCCCAUGAUCACGGGUUUUUCAGACGACGUCCCCAUGGUAAUAGCAUGAAGAGCGCUCCCGACUCUGGAAACCAAAAUGGUGUAAAUAUUUUAUUUGAUAAAAAUAGUCAACUGUUUAUUUUAAAACAAACAAAACAAAAACAAAAAAAAUGCACUUUUGAGUUGCAAUACGUUAUUUUUGUAUGGGCCGAUAAAAAAAAAGAAGAAGAAGAAGAAACAAUUAUUACACUUUGUAGUACACAGCUGUGAACUUUCAAACCGGGUUGAUUUAGUUAACACUUUCUGUUAAUAUUUUUUGGGGAGGGGGGAACGUUUAAUUUAGUCUUACAGGGCUACGCUUGCUGGGCAUGCUUUUAAGUCUGUGAGAUGUCUUCUGUUGACUGUGACUCCGAUCUUCAGAGAACUCCCAUCGUAGGGGUAGAGAAAAUGAGACGUUGACGCAGGUUGCUAUUUUCUGUGGCAUCUCGGAGCACCAUCUCCUCCUAUCCAUGGACGGAAGUAGGGUGAGAGAAAGCCAAAUGGUCCUUUAGUAGCCUUCAUUAUGUGAAGGUGUAGAGAGGAAGGAGGGGUUCAAAAGGGGAAGAGGAAGGGGAAAUGCUAGGCCAAGAAUUUCCCCAAUGGCAUUCCCUCCCCCCCCCCCCCAAAAAAAACACUGCUGCUACGAUCCUCUUGCUUCCAGGGCUCUUGUGUGCAUGUGGGGGGGCAAGGCCCCGAGAUUAGUAACUAAAGGACCUGUUCUCUCAAGAUCGGAGUCUAAAACUGGCACUUCUUUUUUAUUUUUUCUAAGAGAAAAUUUUAUUUAAAAAAAUAUUCAGGAAAUUACAAAUAUAUAUAUAUAUAUGGAAAGAGAGAAUAGUUCCUGAAGGUUUUACAGUGACUUAAAGAAUUCUUUGGACUUUG